AUGCUGGAAAUCAGAUCGAGUAUGUCGGAUUCUGAAAAGGAGAAAAUUGAAAUCGAAAACCGAAAACGACGUGUGAAACUGACAAAGAAAUUGGUGAAAGAUAAGCGCAGGCAGUCGUCAGUUACUAAUGAUCGUAGUAGUGAUGAAGAAGAUGAAGAAGAGCAACGAAAAGCAGAACAAGCUAAAAGAGUCAAAAUGCAGAUGAGUCAAGUUCUGAAGAAAACCAGACAAGAUAUGGCAAAAGAAGAGAACGAUCGUAAAAGGGAGGCUGAAAUUGCUCAGAAGGUUCGGGAAGAGCUUCGAUACAUUGAAGUUCAAGAGAGACGGGAACGAGAACGUGCGAAGCAAAAGCAGACCGACAUUCCUCUUCCGCCUUCUGAUUCCCCUUGA